CAAGUAGACAGUUGCUGUUUACGAUAGUACCUCGUCUGUGAAGGAACGGUAGAUUUCUUUUAUCGCCUUCGGAGCGUAAUAAAUAAUGUACCGAGUGCCAGAAUGACAUAUCAUUAUUCUUUUCUGUUGCUACACAAUUGACCACUUUACGGUGUACCGCCAUCGCGAACAAAGUUGAACAUAACGAUUCUCCGUUGUUUAUUUCCGAAGGAAACUGUUCAUCCAUCGAAUAUACUAUCGAUAAAGCGAAUUUUAUUCGAUCGACAAUGGAGAAUCAGCCACUGAAUCAAGGAACUGACAAGCCUCCACUUUAUUCCGAAGUUUUUUCAGAAACAACCAUUACAUCGAAACCACCUUCUGAAUACAGUUCCACGCAAGGAAGAGGUAUUUUGCCACCUGGUUAUUACCCCAGUGCCCCUGGAACUAAUACCUCCAACUAUGUAACGUCUUAUGGUUCCACCCAAUCCACUACAGUUACCAUACCAGAGACCAUUUUAGUUGGUGUUUGUCCUGCUUGCAGAAUGGGUAUAAUGGAAAACGAUUAUACGUGUCUGGGACUGUUGUGCGCGAUUAUGUUCUUCCCCAUCGGAAUACUUUGCUGCCUGAUGUUAAAGACACGACGUUGUUCCAAUUGUGGAGUUUACUUCGACUGAUACGUGCGAUUAAUAUUAAUAUUACUCAUAAUUAAUAUCAAUGCGAGUAAUGUAAACUAACCAAAUUAUAUAUAUAUAUAUACACACACACACACACACACACACAUAGAGAGAGUUGUAAGAAUAAAAAAUAUAGUAAACUACGUUUCUAAGAAUAUGUAACCGUGCAUUUAACAUUUUUUUUUUAACUUUUAGAAAUCUUCUAUCUAUAAGUUCUAAUUAUUAUUGCACUUAUUACAAGUACAUAUUGUUAUAAAUAAUACGUAUUAUCACUACGGUGCAUUUUAAUGCACUAUAAUAUAUUUUAAAAUUUGAAAGCGAGAAUAUUUCUGUAACGAAUUAAAAUGUUAUUAAAGAUUGUUGAAUUCUCAUGGUUUA